GCUCUAUAUAAUGGCCCCCCCAUCAAGAGCCCGAUCUCUCGGCAAAACCGCUUUCCCCAUCACGUUCUCUAAGCUCAAAACGGCUACGUACUAUGAUAAUCCCCGCCCCGCUGUCCCCGUCUCACAAUCCCAUUACAUCCGCACAUUAUCCUGGAAUGCACCUGGCACGUUGAUCGCGACCGGAGCCCCCGAUCGCACCUUACGGAUAUGGAAUCCUGAAAAGACAAACUACAAGAACUCAACAGAGCUGCGCGGCCACCAGGGUGCUGUCGAACGCGUCGCUUUCCACCCACUCAACGAACAUGAAUUAGCGAGCUGUAGUUCCGACGGUUUGCUGAAGUUCUGGGAUGUCCGGUCGAAGGCUAGUGUGGGGGAGGUGAAGGUUGGAGGCGAGCCUUUUAUGCUAGCUUGGACCCCGGAUGGGAGUGAGAUUGUUGCUGGGAGGAAGGAUAAUAUUCUUGUCCCUGUGGACCGAGCCGCGCUCAAAGCUAUUGCCGAGCACCCCCAAAGCGUACAAACGAAUCAGAGCACGUUUGAUUGGUCUGGGAAACAUCUCUUUGUUACAAAUGGUGAAGGUUGCGUUAAGAUCCUCGACUAUCCGUCCUUCGAAACAACACUCACCCUCACCGCUCACACGUCAUCCUGUUACGCCAUCUCAAUGUCACCGAGCGGAGAAUAUCUGGCCAUAGGAGGGGGCGACGCGCUUGUUACUUUGUGGGACACGCAAGAAUGGAUGUGUCCUCGGACAUUGAAUAUCGAGGGCGCUGUGAAGAGUGUGGAUUUUUCGUUUGAUGGGAGCUAUGUCGUGGCCGGCUCUGAUGAACAGAAAAAGCUUCAGAUUGCGCAUGUGGAGUCUGGGGAGUAUGUUCAUACAGUCGAUCUCAAUCACUCGGCUGUGAGCGUUGCGUGGCAUCCGUGUCGGUAUGUUCUCGCUUAUUCGGCGGAUGCUCAGGGUUUGAAGAUCAUCGGCGACUCAUGCUUUGGCUUCAUCAGUUCAUUUUCUCUCCAUCCUAUACACCCAAACACCGGAAAUUCACGACAAAUACUGGCAAUGGAUGUUCAAGUACCACUUGACCCCACAAGCCUCUUCUCCUCAAAGGGAUUGGUUGUCGUUAUUACUGGCGGCGGAAGUGGAAUCGGUCUAGCCAUUGCCUCCGCCCUCCACCAAAAUGGCACUUCCAAGAUCUACCUUCUUGGCCGUCAAAUUGGGACGCUCGAAAACGCAAUUAAAACACUCGAAACAUCUCCCUCAGCCCCAAAUCCAUCCACCAUUCUCGUUCCAAUAUCUUGUGAUGUAACCUCCCAAGACUCCAUCUCCGCCGCGGUAUCUAAAAUCACAUCUGACACCGGCUAUGUCGACGUCCUCAUUAACAAUGCUGGUGUCACGGGCCCACGGAACGGCUCUGAACUGUACAAAGCUGAAUCGAUAACCGAGCUGCGGGAUACCAUGCUCAAAGACUGGGACGGUUGGGAAUCGACUAUGGCGAUCAAUACAUCCUCCAUCAUCGGGGUAUCCGCAGCCUUCCUACCGCUCCUCGAAGUAGCAAAUACGCGGCGCGGAUGGCAACCGGGAAAAAUCUCUACUCUCGGCACCGCACGCCAACAGGACGCUUCCACCUUGUCGAACAUCGGCGCCGACUCCGAUGACGACCGCCUUUCCCACAUCAUAACCAUCGCCAGUAUCGCAUCCUUCAUGCGGUACUCCACUGCGGGCCUCGCCUACAACGCGUCCAAAGCUGGUGCCUUACAUCUCAGCAAAAUGCUCGCAUCCAUCCUAUCUCCGUGGGGGAUCCGUAGUAAUGUCGUCUGUCCCGGUCCAUAUCCGAGCGAGAUGACAGCGGGGGGAAAGACAGUGUUUGGGACGGAUGAGAUUCCCCAAGGACGACCGGGGAAUAUUAAUGAUGUUGCGGGGUUAAUAUUAUUUUUAGUUGGGAAAGGAGGGGGGUACAUUAAUGGGACGGUGCAGGUUACGGAUGGGGGGCGGUUGGGGGUUUGGCCUGGUACAUAUUGA